AUGGACUACAUACAACGAGCACGGAACAAUCCUGAGGAACUGGCCAACAAUGGCCUCAUGGUACAGUUGAUAGAUCAGAUAGCCGGGCUGGCGGGAGGCCUGGCAGCCACCAACCAGGAAAUCCGCACGAUCAAACAUGAGCAAGCGGAGCUAAAAACGCAAGUAAAGAGCCUGAUGAAGAGUGGCCGGGGAGUCUACUACGACGCCUUCGGCCUAGUCCAUCAAAACGGGCUCUUCUAUUUGGAUAGCAUGCGGAUCUUCACGACUGGGAACGUGGAUGAGAGCAGGAUCAAGAACGUCCUAAGGGAAGCGGACGUUAAUAUUAAGCGGAUCAGGCUCCUGGGGAACGAUCCGAAUAAAGACCGCAAGACCUGGUGCGCGUACUUCGAUAUAACGGAACGGCCAUCAUUCUUCAGGGCUGCUGAGGUCCUACGGCACCAGAAGGGCAGGGCCGGCAGCGAUAGCGCCCUCAGUAGGGGCCAACCCGACCGCCAGAGCCCCUCCUCCUCCACCACCUCCCGAACCAAUCCCGUCCGGGCAUGA